AUGCGCACCUCCAUGGAGACGGCUGUCCAGCUAGAGACGGCGCCGAAGAUGGCGUUGCAAGAAACGGACGCAGUGCGGCACACCCCACAGCGACCAUUCAACGAGGCUUUGCAGGCCGAGGCGGCCACUUAUCUCAUGCACGAGCGGGAAGCCGACGCGUCGGCGGAGCUGUCAAGGGGCGGACUGUACUCCUUGGCGAUGCGCCAAGAGCAGCCUCUGGUGCCGCCUGAGGUGCUAAUGGAACUGAAAGACGGCGAGCAAGCCGACGCAUCCGUGGCACUGCUGGAAAAGCUGAACCCGUGCACGUGCACCACCGCUGCAUUCGACGCGUGGCUCCGCGCCGUCGUGAAGUCAAUUCCUGCGCCAGCUGAGGCGGCGAACGCAGUGCAGCGCGGGAACUAUUGCGGCUCUCGCGCCAUCCGUGGUCGAGCGAGGCCUGGCGGCGUUACAGGGGUGUCCCGUCAGCAGGCCCUCUACGAGGCGCUGGAGGCGCUCGAGGCGGCCGCGCGUUUGCUGCAGCGGCAAGCCGUACUCUGCCGCGGCCGAAACCGCCUUCUGCACGCCUACUACGAUGCGCUCGAGGAGGACAUCCACCAGCAUGCAGCAUCCAUAUCGACAUCGACAGCAGCGAGCGACACCGUUCAUCUCACGGCGGAAAUACAGCUUCAGCAGCUGCUGCCGCCGGAGCAGCACAAGUUUUCUCCGUUCCACUACCACCUGCGCUUGUACAAGCGUGGCGCGCCGCUUCAGCACUACACACAGGAGCAGGAGAAACUGCAAAGCCGUUUGGAGAAGGUGUACUACGUACUGCUGAAGCUCGAGGAGGUGGAGGGGUUAAGCAACUCGAUUCUAGUCGAAGGUCAGGCGACGCCGCUGUUGAGCCAGCAGCGGCGGCAGAGCACGGGCGAUCUGCAGGGCGGCAGCACAAAGGCGGGGCCCAUAAUGCGCGCCAACGUGAGGAAGGACGGCAUUGGUGCAAGGAACAGCACGGACUCGCAUGGUGCACUCACGCUCACCGGCGGUGGCGCACGCAGAGAUGGAGAAAACGAGCCCACGAUGAACGAGCUGACGUCACAGUUUUCGCGACGGCUUGUCGGAAUGGAGCGGCGGGUUCGUCGGCUGCGGCGUCAGCUGCGCCUGCCGCUUCCUGUGUCGGAGGUGACGUCUCGCCUCCGCAACGAGCUCAUUCUCUCCUUUUCCGCCCGUGUUCUGGCGCUGCGGGAGCCCGCUCCAUUCACAUCCGAGAUCUACGUGACUUCCGCCGCGUCGCCGUCGUCACAGGCCGCCCCACGGCCCCUUGGCGGCGGCGCACAUCAUCAGAGCUCGCACUCCAUCUGCGCCUUCGUCGAGUGGUACGUUCAACGUGUCAUGGACCCGCUUGCCAUCUCGCAGCUUCUCAACAUUGUCCCGCGGGAGUAUGUGGUGACGACCACCUGCCGCCUUGUCUACGCAUGUGAAGCGCACGCCUCACUACGCUCGUCGCGCGCUCUCCCAGACCUGGGCCCCGUGCUACUGCGUGCUGUGGCCGAAGGUCGCGCCGACGCCGUGGCGCAGCUGCUUCUCUCCUCAAGCGUCUCCUACGGCAGCGUUCUUUCCCACCCGGUGGACUGCCAGACAUGCUUCUUCGCGGGCCUCCUUGGCGGCCAGCUCGACGUGCUGACCCGGCUGGUGGAGCAGCAGAGCUGGCAUGUGAACGCGCUGCACGUGCUGCUCUUCAUGAGCGCCCCAUGGAACAUAGCCGCGGCACCAACAGCGGUGAUGUCCUCGCGCGCGUGCUACGUAUACCAGCAAGCGCUGGUGGAGCGCGUACAAGCGUUCCUCAGCGUAGCAGAGCAGGUGCUGGCGGCCCGCAGUCAGGAGCCCGCGUACAAGUUGCCUCUCUCCUUCGAAGAGAACGCCACGGAUGCAGUGAGCAUGAGCAACAUCGCUGGCGGCGCCGACCACGAGGCCGACGAGUCGGCCCUCGCAGCGCUGCGCAAUGCCCAGCUACUCGACGUGAGCGCAGGGGGUGAGAAGCUGCUCGCUACCUUGGGCUUCCUCCUCCUUAGUGCCGCGUCGUCGGCCUCCGUCGACGAUGAUGCACUGCGCGGUGGGCGGCACGGCUCUCAGCACUCCAACCACACCGGCAAGCCAGCGACGACAGCAAACGCGUCGAUGACACGCGGGGGCGGUAUCAAGAAGGCGGAAGACGCCAACGACGCGGACGACGACGACAUCACCGGCUCCACGGGUGUCUCGGCAUUCGGUGCGCUGUCGAUGUCAGCCGCGUCCCGAGCAGCUCCCGUGCCGCCGCCGGUGUUUCUCAACGGCGCUCUUCACCGCCUACAACUCUUCCUUGCAGUGCGCAACGCUAUGCUGCAGUAUGAGCGGCAGCGACAAGACGCACAGUGGGAGACGCUGCUGGGCAAAUUCAAGGCACGGUCGAGCAGCGGCGACGGCGCCUCCUCCGCGGCCACAAGCACCAUGCACGGGCUCGGGAGCAGCGGCAAGAGUUUAGCCCGGCUGCACGCCAAGGCGCCCCCGCCCCUGCAGGGCGCGGCUGCCGCGAACCCUCGCACAGACCACAGGGAAGCGCCGCUCGCCUCUGCAGUGACGGCCCCAUCUUCCUUCGUACACAUCCUGCAGCAACAUCAGCUAGACGCCUUGACUGCGGUCGCGGUGUGCCCACUGCGCUGCCAGAUGUGCCCAGCAUUCACGACGCCGCAGCUGCAGCGCGUGGAUGCGUGGAGCUAUGGCCCGUUGCAGCCAACCACUGCCAUCACAACCACGUUGGGUACCGCGCGCGGCACCGGCAGUGAGGGAGGGGCGAAGCAGUCCAGCAGGGAGCUCAUCUCUCUUGCCGAACAGGAGAAGACGCUCAUUGGGAUUGGGGGAGACGAUUGCCGUCACGACGAAAACUUACGUGACCGCCUCAACCGCAGCCUGAGCUCGCUGUCCCCGCGUAGCCAGCCCAUCACGGCGCUCCUCAUGCGAUCUGACACGGCCAUCGACAUGACAGCCAGCUCGUGGUACGUGCACGCAACUAUCAGCCAGGCCAAUUUCGCGGAAGAGCAUGGGCACUACGGUAGCAGCAGCAACGGCGAUGGGGAACGCCAAACCGCCCGCGGAACUCGCCUUCACCGGCUCGUGAAUCCGUGGCAGGCGUGCAGUGCCACCGGCUUGCUGAUGUCAGCCCUGCCGGUUCGCUACUCGCUCUCCAUGCCGCUAGAGGAUGUGCGUCGAGCCGCGCACGAUGAAAAGCAGCGGCAAGCACUGCGCACCCUGUACGGUAGCUCCGCGACCGGGGCGGCGGGCAAGAGCGUCUCUGACCACCACGACGACGGCGACGGGUCGGGCGACCACUACCCCUGGCGCAGCGGCACUGGUACCGCAGCGGAGAACCUGGCGAGUCUCUGCGUCCAUCGUGCACCGCCGCCGCCAGCCAAGCCCAGCUUCUACUAUGAGGUCCAAAUGUCAGUGGAGUACCUCGUAGCCAUGCACGCGGCCGAUUACCUUGGUGCAACGCCACCCGCCAUCGACAGCGAAGUGCUCGCACGUGGAGCGAGUAGCCCUCUCUCCGAGGACGCCAUGCACCGACUGUGCGAGAAUUGUGUGGUAGUCGGGCUGUGCAACCCCAUCACCGCCGCUCAGGCGAACGGGUGCACGCACAGCUCCUCUCCGCCGUAUGUGGUGACGCAUCUAGGCCACGAAUGUGGCGCGGGGGGCGCGGCACAGGAUAAGGAGAGGGGCGGAAGCGGGAGCGGCGCCUGGUCGGCGGGUGUGUCGGUAUCGGUGAUUGCCCACGAACAAGUCGCGGCGUCACGCCUGCUGUCGACUCGCGUUACUGCGCAAGCCUCGCCGGCAGCGGCAGCGGCAGUGGUGGUGGAGCCCGGUGAGGCAUCGACAACACCGAGCGACGACGACGACGCCGAUACCGAUGUUCUCUACUUGGCUGUGUGGAAGCAUCAGCGAAACAGUGUUCGUGCCAUCACAGCGAUGCAGAGCCCGCCCUACGACGUGGGCGGAGAUGCUGCGGACGCUUGUGCAAACGCCGCCCCCGUAUAUCUGCGGCUGGAACUGCCGCGCUGGUCGUAUCCGGCGCCGGCAAAAGAAGCCGGGACGACAGCGGCGCAAGAUGCUCCACGCAAUCGCGUUGUAGCCGCCAAUGGCAAUCCAGCACACACCACCGAGGCGAACGCCGCCGCUGCUGCUGCGACGGCGAGCACGAACAUGUGGCUGCCCAUCAUCACACGAGCCUGCCAAGAAGACGUGGCGAGGGCAGUCACGAAGGCUCGGCAGCAGCAAGCGGAAGCGGGGCAGAAGACCGCAGCGAAUCAGGCCAGCGAGCGCGCGAGGAAGAGCCGAUGUGGUGCAACUUCUCCCUCUCUCCCUGCAUCAUCUUUUGCUUCGUUGCCCCGCGUUCGCUGCGAGGUCGCGGCCACGCUGGUGCUGGGGCUGCUGUUCGACCCAUCCGCGGGCACACUGCGUCUGCGGCUCAACAACUACACCGACUUCGAGGAGAUCGCGCUGGGCCUGCGGCUCGGCAGCGUAGCCAAAGCCACCGCGGCCACGACAUCAGCUGCACCCCCACCACCGGCGCUGCAGUCUCGCCUCUACCCAGCCGCGACCCUGUCACUGAACGACUGUGGCUGGAGAAGCUGGUAUGACCAUCAAACACGCACGUGGGCAAGGCUACAGCAGCAGCAGCAACAGGGGGCUCAGCCGGCGGGACUGUCGUCGGGCAAAGGGAGAGGCAGGUGCGCGCCGGUCGAAUACAGCGCGCCGCCCUUGUCAGCGUCGUCGCCGUCUUCGUCGCUAUCUGUAUCCAAUGCAGUGCUGCGUUUCAGCUUCGACGCGGCUGAGCUGCUGCUCGGACCCCCACCGCCCCACCAAGGGGUAAGGGUCACGUCUGCUGACGCGAUGGUGGCUGCCGGGAAAACCGCGCGCAUGUCUCAUCAGCAGCAGCGAGUCAGCGAACCGAUUGGCGCGAAGGCACCACACUCAGCGGUGCCGCCGUCCCAGCCAUCUCAGCCUAUUGCGCUGCUGGACAGUACAGUCAAAUUCACGGAGAUGCUGUCAGUGCUCACAGAUGUGUCGCUUAUCGCAGCGACGAAGCGGAGCAGCAACAAGAAUCAGCAACAGCAGCAGCUGCCCAGCCUCGGCCACGGCGAUGACGUGGCGGUUGAGGACGAGGAGGGCGAGUUCGACGGUGUCGAUGCAGCGGCACCACAAGGUGCGGCGCCGGCGGCACAUUCGUCGCUGUUGCUUAUCGGCUCGCGCGACCGCCGCACACACGCUGCGAUGAUGCAGGUGCAGCGUCUUCUGAACACUCCUGGAGGCGGUGCCACCAGCACAGCAGCCGGCAGCAGCUCCGUCUUCAACAACAGCGACCCCGCGGACAUCUUUUACCCUCCUGUCCGCAUCUACCGGCACAGCUGCCACUGCCCUCCUCACGAGCUCUAUCCGUUGCCAUCCUCCUCCUCGCCCGACGCGGCCGACAAAAACGACGCUGGGGAGCGCAGCCGGUGCACGCAGCAGUGCCAACGGCGUCUAGGAAACCGGCGAAUGGGACUUAGCAGCGCCGGCGAGGCGCCAUCGCUCUUCUCAGUCAACGUGUAUUGGCACGACAUCGUUCCCGAAAAUGCUCGCCUCACGCCGCUCUGCGCGGCACUCGCGUCGCGGCAGCGGACCAUGGCAUACGUCAUCGCAACGCACCCGCUCACGUGCUUCUGCAACCUCAGCGCCGGCGAGGAGAGCGCCUGUGAUGCCUACGUGCGGCAGCAGCAGCAGUCUCAACAGCGCCGCACCGCCCUCUACGCAGCGUGUGCGCUUGGCUACGUAGAGGUGGUGCAGGUGCUUCUGGAGCGCAUUCCCGUGGAGGAGAUUCUCUCGUACUUUGGGCUUGUUAUCGAGAGCGAGGCACGCGCGGCGCUGCAGCACUGCUACGCGGUGGCGAACACAACUUUCUUGCGCAACUACCGACUCCGCUCACUCGCGACCCAGUCGCCGUCGUCGCCAAGCGGCACCGAUCGCGUCGACGGCAGCGCCACGGUUUGCAGUACUGCGAACUUCAGAGACGCCACUACCGCCGUGGUGCCUGCUGCGCAGGCAAGGAAGAGCGGUGGCGCUGCGGCCGAGACCUCGGCGCCAGCAGUGCCUUAUUUGUCGAAUGAAAGCCAGCGAGCCCUUCUCGACGCCUCCGCCAUCUACUCCUCCUCACGGUCCACCUACACCCCGCUGCACGUGGUGCUUCUCGGCGUCGUGCUCGACAACGGAGAUCAGGACGACGAGGGCGUGGAAGAAGGCAGCUGCGUUGACGUCGGCACGGAGGAGGCGCGCAUGUCCUCGCUGAACGCACGUCUCAGCAAGCAAACAGCCUGUGUAACGGUGUUGCUCAACUGCCUCUACGAUCUACUCUGUGUGGCGUCAGCAUCGAACGCAACGGCGCGGAAGGUGCAGAACACGGCAGAACCAGUGCAUCCGCCGCACUCGACAAAGUCGUAUGGGCGGGAGGAAGAUGUGCUGGGGGGUGAGGCGCAAGCACGGCGGCCGUCGUUGGUAGCCCGAGAGCUCCUUGUCGACGCGCUCAACCUGCAAAGCCCGACAGGCGAGGCUGCUCUACUAAUCGCUGUCCGCCACAACAACGUCGCAGUCGCUCUUCGCCUCCUGAAGCUGGGCGCGCAGCCGGCUUGCAUGGAUCGCGUCACGAGGCUGCUCAGCCUCGAGCUUGCCUGUGCGAACCGCUGCACAUCGAUUGCAGAGGCUCUGCUGCAGUCCCACAACGGCGGCGGGGCCGUGUACGCCAAGUCGCCCGUCCUUCUCAAUCACGCCGGCAUCGCCACUGCGCUGUGCUGGUGCGCCAUCAACAACAUGCCCGCCAUUAUGCAGCGGCUCCUGGAGUGCGACGGGAUCGACGCGGAGAGCGGCUUCGAAGGUAGCUCCCCGCUGCACCUUGCCAUCGCAUUCGGCAGCGAGGCGGCCGCGUUGACGCUGCUCAACGGCACCCAACCGAGGAAAACAGCCACUAGCAGUGCACGUAAGGGCCGAGGCGGCGGGGCCGAGGCGCCACCGGCGGCUCUUGUCGCGGCCGCCACCGCCGCACCCGACACCGAAAAGGCAUCGUUAGCGGCAAAGCACGUGAACUGCGGCACCGGUCAACGCGGUGCCGCGGCACCGUCUGCCUCAACGGCGCGGCUAACAGAGGCCGUCUCCGCGGCUGAGACGCACAAGAAGCCCUUCAUGGAUGUCAGCAUACUUCACGAGCGCACUCACUGCACACCGCUGCACCUCGCCUGCGAGCGCGGGCAACUGCGCAUCAUUCGCACUCUUCUGUAUUCGUGGCACGCUCAGCUGAACAUCGCGGCCGCCUACACCAACUACACGCCGCUCCUCACGGCGGUGGCGAAUGGCCAGGAAGAGGCGGCGCUUCGCAUCCUCGAGUACAGCAAGGACGAACUCCGCCGCGGCCGCGCAGUGCUGGAUCUCUGCGCGAUCGAUCAGCGCGGCGACACCGCGCUGCAUCUGGCUGCGGGUCGCGGGCUGAAUCUCGUGGUGGAGUACAUGUUAGUUCAGUUCAGCGAGGAGGAGGUGGCGCGGCUGGUAGCCCUGCACCCCACGUUACGUGCAUCGCCUGCGUACCAGACAGCGACAUGUAUAGUGCCCCUGCACGCUGUGAACAAGCAGGGCAAGACAGCCUUGCUCGUUGCUGUGCAGUAUGACCAAGCCGACACGGCCGAGCUGCUGGUGAGCAUGCUUAUCGACAGUGCGGAGACUCUGGAAGUGGGAGGCGCUGCGGCGGCGUUUGGAGGUGAUGGUGUUCCCAAGUCGCCUACCGCGGCAACAGAUGCUGGGGAGGCGUCAUGCAAUACAUCCGCAGCCGCCGCUGCAUUGCAGCCCUCGCCGAUCGGUGGCCCCCUUAUCGAAGGUACCUGCAUGGCCCUGCACCAGGCGCACAGGAAGCAUCUUGACUCCGUGGUGCAGUUGAUGCUGUCCGCCCCGCCCAGCCUGUUUCCAUGCACCGCUGCAUUUUGCACGUCGGUGCAGCUGUACAAGCAGCAGCAGGCGGACGUACGGCGCUCGGGGGCGCUGCUGAGGAGCGAGUCGUGCGACGGCGACGUCCGCCCAGCCUGCGUUGCGGAUGCAAGCACUGACCCGGUGCUGGCGAGUGAGCGAAACGAAAACGCGUUGCAGCGCAGCCCCGCGAUGGCGCAGGAUCGAGGCUCCUUCGUGCGCCUCCUCCUCACGCGCGCCGCCGGACCCACCAUCGCGCCGAACGACGCCCUGCGCGUCCUGCUGCGCGGCUUCGCACUCCCUGAGUUGUGCGUGUACCUCAGCGAAGUGGCGGCGGAGAGCGCAGUGCUGGGGGUGCAGCAAGGUACGGCAAUGGCAGACGCGGAGCUCUUGAUUGGCUACCUGCAAGAGCACGCUGGCUCGGUGGUAGCACCGACGCGGGCAGUUGUCUUCUGCCGCGACGUGUGGCUGUGUCUGCAGCGAUGGAUGUCCAAUGAAGCGUCUACCGAACGCGAGCGCGCCGCGGUAUCGCGCACUCAUCACGCUUUCAGUAGUAAGACCACCGACUCCACUUACCCGCAGCUGUCGGUGAGCAUGGAGAAGGGCGGCGAGCACAGGCAGAAGCAACACCAGCAGAGCGAGUUCGAGGCGGCACCAAUGGGUUGGCUUUGCCGCAUGUUGCUCGUCCCCAAGUCUGAUGUUGGCAGCCGCGCACAUGGUAAGACUGCGCAACCGACGUUGGCAUUGCCGGCGAGCGCGGCGCAAGAGGGGGAGCACUACCGCCACGCCUUGGAGGUGACGCUGCACCGAAAAACGCUAAGUCUUGAGGUGGCGCGCAUGAUUCGCCUUUACGGCCGCUCUCACGGCGGCGCAAGGGCCAUCGAAGAAAUCAAGAGCAUCGUGGCAGCCUACGUGAGGGCACAUAUCAACGAACCUGCUGCACACGUGAGGCUGGCAACCUCGGUCACGCUAAGUAGCAGCAGCCAGCACUCCUCCUUUUCGGCGCGCACCCGCUCGAUGGCGCAGAGCUUCCGAGACGCGGUCGAGCAGCAUGCCACGUGGAACAGGGACGGCACAGUGGACUUAGACGCAGCGGAGAGAGAAUUCCCCGAUCGCAACGCCGUUGCCGUUAUCGGCAACGAGCCUCUUUUCACGACGCCGAUGGGCUUCACCGUGUUGCAGCUGGCGGCCACGCUUGGCCUCCCAAAAGUUGUCGCGUUCCUCGUGGAUACCUACAAUCUGAGCCCCUUGUACGCACCGGCGCAAGGCAUGCAUACGUGCACCGCUCAAUCGACGACGCCGCCGCCGCAGGCCAGCCUCUCCAAAGAGGGAACGCGGAAAGAAGAGGCUGCGCGGGUGCGUAACGUCGUCACGCACACCGUGCGCGCCGUCGUCGGAGCGGCUUCUUCGUGCGCAGGCCGCGGUGAAUAUGGCGGCGCCAAUGGCAGUGCUGGCAAGAGCAGGGCGGAUGACGGCUUGUGGAUCUGCUGGACUCCGUACCGCCUCGCCGUGCGCUCCGGCAACCUGCACAUUGUCAAGACUCUCCUGCUGACAGGCAGCGGCGCGGCACCCGCGGUUGCCGAGAUCGACCCCCAUGAGCUAUGUGACACCAGCACCUUGGCCCAGUUUUCGCACUCGGGCAAGCACGUCGAAGACAGCGUUGCUGUCGGCGGCGCAGGCGCGACGGCCCCAACGGCGACCGGCCCCACUGCUUCUCUUGUCGACUACAAAGAGCCGGCGUGGCUCGACCCAUAUCAACGGACAGCGCUUCAGGAGAGCAUUGUGGUAGCGACAACGUGUGGCAGCGGUGCCUCGGGCAGCAACUCGCGUGUAGACUCUCUCACCUUCACCGCCUCCGCCGGCUCGUCGUCUUCCAGCGCCGCGACCAAAAGCGCCCCUUCGCUGUCAGAGGCCUUGGCGCUGGUGCACCUGCUGCUGAAGCACGGUGCUCAGCCGAACGGGCUCUUCGACAGCACCGGCAGUGAUGCCUGGCUGCUCGCCAUGGCCGGCAGCGGCGCCGCUGAUCUGCCCAUCACGCACUACAGCUACGCAGCCAACUGCAAGCGCAGGUCGUGCAGCGUUGGCUCUGAAGCGUCCCUCUCCCUGCUCUCCUUAACAGGAGCGUCUGCGCCAGCGACGCCGUCGCUGGCGUUAAUCCGGACGACUGCUGGCGAAGCGGCUGGGCAGCGGUGUGUCGACUUGCUCCUUCGCUUCCGCGCCCCGUUGCUAGGGUGUGCGCCGGCAACGCUGCGCCGCGCUGACACUCACCUUGAGGGCAGGCGCCUCGACGGACCGCAGGAGAGCGCUGAGAGCGAGUGCUUCAACGAGCAGCUUCUGCGCCACCCGCGCCGCCUCCUGCACCAGUGGCGACAUCUGCCCUGCAUGCGGCUCGCGCCUACCAGAGCAGCUGCCGCAGGAUUCGCUCAAAGAGACCGGCGGGCCGCAGGCACCGCUGGAAACGUCCACGACGGCAGCGGCAUCGACGAAGGCAACGCCGCUGCGGGCGAGGAUGACGACGGCGCCGCCGCUCAUCGCUACUCGGUGUUCGAGCAAGCGGAUGCCCUGUGUGCGCGGUACGAGAAGAUGCAGCAGACCCUGCACCCGAGUGCCGCGAUGGCCAUUCCACGCGGCGGUGGCGGGGUGGAGCCGUGCACCUCCCCGCAGCCGGCGACGGCGCUUGCCACAAAGGUCUCCUUCGCAUCCCUCUUGACCAUCACCUCGGCGGAGGAAGUAACCCGCUUGCCAAGCGCCGUGGAUCCAGGGGGCGCGGUGACGCCCAACCGCAGGGUACUGACAGGCGGAUCUGUGUCAAGGAGAGACAGCGUCGCAGGAAGAGAGACUGGAACGUCGCCGCCCACGCCGUCGUUCUCGGCCGAGUCACUUAAGAAACAACUCAUUGCAGCGCUGCGGAUUUGCUACCGCGUCGUCCUUCUCUACACAUGCGUGGAGUACACACCGCUGCAGCUGCUCCGACUCGUGCGCGCCUUCGGCGCGGCGGCAAUCCCGGUAAGUGCGCAGCACCCACUAAGCGGCGACAGCGUUGCUACACGACUGCUGCGCAAGACGCACGCUCGCCUGCUCGCCUGGACAAGUGGAAGCGGCGGCAGUGGUGACGGCAGUACCGGCAACACUCCACACGGGGUGCUCGGGAGCGAUGCUGCGUCGAUCAUGAUGCGCGACGUCGACGAGAUGUCGGAGCUGCCGAUGAGUGUGCUGAAGGAGCCGCCGUGCACCAGCGACCCUGCCGCGGAUGCAGAGACGCGCGCCUUGGUGGACACGUGUCUGGCGCUGGUGCACAUGCUCUGCGACGCUGCCCUACGUCUGCCCUCACCUCCGUCAGCGCCACACUCGCACGCGGCAGCCACGGCGGCCGGGCAAGCACUGCGCUCGGUGCUCUUCCAGCCCUCGUGUGACGGGGAGACCGCGCUCUCCUUGGCUGCGCGCAUCGCCCACGCGCCGCUCAUCUCCGUCCUAGUGCAGAGCGGGGCAGCCGUAUCCUCGGCUUCUCACAAUCGCAGCCGAGGCGGAGAUGAGUCGUGGUGCUGCUCGCGCACAGCGUGCAGCAUGCCUCGGCGAGGCGACGGCAGCGACACCGAGGCGGGCGGUGAGGACGGUGUUGGCGUGUACGACGUCUCCGGGAUUCCGGACACCUCUAACUACUCCCUGAGCACAAAUCUGGCGGACGUCGUGGUGCGCGUGCUGCUCGCCACCCGCGUCUACUACCCUGAGCAUGAGAUCAGCACCGUGCGUGCCCUACUCACGCAUAUGCCGAACGAACCCGCGCGGCGAGCCUUCCUGCGGGGUGUGUACCCGAACAUCCACCCCCUGCCAGCGCUGCAGCUUGCGAUGGACAACGUGAAUAUCGCAUCGGACUUCCUGACGAGCCCUGACUGCAUGAACGCGCUCUGGACGAAUCUGUUGUACGCGCACUUCACGGGCCAGCUGGACACCGCCGUGCGGACGACGGCGAAGGCGUGGAGCGAGCUGCUGCGCGUGGUGCUUCCGGGGGCGCCGGCAGUGCCAAUUUACCUCGUCAUGUGCGCCGCCGUCCGCGAGGAGGUGAGUGCCGAGGAGUUGAAGGCGUCGCACAGCGGUGUGCAUGCACAGAGCCCGCAGGUGACGCUGUCGCCGCCGCCAUCUCUUGCCAGCUCGUCGAGAUCGCCGAGCAUGGUAAAGAAACGAUCAAAGGAACGCUCUGUGCCAUCGGCGAUAUCGAACUGGUCUCACGUUGUGCGCCGUACGAACCUCUUUCUGCAGCUCAUGGCCAUGUCUGCAGCGGAGGCGCUCAUGAGCAAAAGCAGCAAGCCAGCGUCGCACGUGUCGGCAGAUGCGAGAACUCCCCCCUCUACUGCCGCGACAGCCUCUGGGAGUGGGCAGCGCACCAAGAACACGUCGUCGCCGAUGCAUGAAGUAACACAGAAAGGUAGUUUCGCUGCGUUGACGGAUGUUGGCGAGCCUCCGUCGCAUGGGCUGUCUGGCACGUUGUUGUGGGACACCAUCGAGCUCGCCGUGCGCUACGACAACAAGGACAUGUUGCGGCACCUCUUGCAGCUUCGCCUGCCAGACAUCGUGCUCAAGCACAUCGGCAACAUCCAGUCCCAGCAACAGGCGCUGUCGUCGACCGGCACCUUUGGAGGGACGUACUCGUCCAUGGGCGUGAGCGCGCGUGCGAUGGAGGCGGUUUCGACGACCAUUCUCGGCAGCUACCCGUCCUUUGCCGGCGUGAGCACCACGUCGCAGGCGACACUCGUACUCGAGCGGCUGCAGCGCCUCCUCUGGUGCGAGGCGCUGCAAGAGCGUCAUGUCGACCUGCUCGCAGUCGCCGCGGGCAGCGUCGCAACGCUGCGAUUCCUGUACACGUCCGCACCUCCUGAGGUGCGCGCGCAGAUGGCCCCCAUGCGCUAUGACCGCGUAGACGUGAAGAGCGGGAUGCCGGAGGGCGUGUCGCCUGCUCCAGACGUUGUGGCCCCCGCCGGAGCCGAGGAGCUCCUGGGGUCCUUUCAGAGGUUAAGGAAGUCAAGUUCUGCACGGGUCGGCAGCGGCGUGAUGUCGCCGUUGCCGCAGGUCUUUCGCUUCUCGUCGAAGGUGGAGACAAAUGCGAGAGCCGUGCACCAGCUUACGAAGGCUCCCUUCUCCGCUAGCGCCGCGUCGACACCGGAAACGCCGACCUCGCCCGUCUCGCCAGCGGCGAAGAGGGCAUCGCUAGCACUGGAUGUAGACAUUGUAGAGACGCCCGAUGAGCGAAGCCUCACACUCCCACUCACGGGCGCACCGCUGCUACAGCCCAAGGCGAGCGAGGAUAAGGAGGAGGAGAGUGCCGCUGCCGUCGUGGAUGCUGAGCUGCGCUUUAUGGAAAGCUGCGUGCAGAAUGGACGCCGUCGUCUCGCCCCCGGAGAAGAGCGACGCCGGUGCGUAACAGCGGUGACAUGGGGCCUCGGCGCGGCUGCCUGCGCAGUGAAGCUGCCGCUGGCUCAAUCCAGCGCGAGGGCCGUGUCGGCCGCCACCGCGGACACCGCCGAGGCGGCCACCACUCCAAGUACACGAGUAGAGGUGCAGCCGCGCCGCACACUGGCACUACCACAGCUGCCGCGGCCGCCCGCUCAACGCCGCAUCACCCUAGAUGGCAAGAUUGGUGAUGUCGGGCCCGCUAAAGACAGCCACAAGGCCAUCGCCGAUGCGGAGACGACUGCAGCGCGACAGGUCGUGCAGCGCCGAGGGCGGGCGACGACGUCACUGCCCACCAAGGCAUCGGCUGCGGCGAAGGAAGCUAGCGGGCUGGCACCGUCCAGCCCAACGCCGCCGGCGGUGGUGGAGCCAGAGCCGGUCUACUUCAUGUACCUCCAGCUUGAUUGGGCUCUACAUUCGACUCGUCUCCUUCGCUCGCCUCGCCCCUCCAGCGCCACGCUCGAGACAAUCAUGUUCCUGCUGGAUCAGCGAGUGGCUCUCGCGGUGCCCGUACUUGACCUCUUCCUGGCUGGCACCGUCGCCCCCAGCAGCACCGCAGCAGCGGCGCCACAGCAGCACUCCGGUAAUGCGGAUGCGCAGCAGGAGUUCGCCCUCGACCUUCGCUACCAGACCCGGGCACAUCGUGACACGCUUCUCCACCUGCUUGUCCUUCACGACCAGUGCCAGCUGGCGGAGUACUACCUCGAGUACUGCUAUUUCUGGUUCGUGUCCAACGGGCUUGAUCCAGAGCCAGUGAGCGGGCGGCCGGGUCGCUUCCCAAUCGACCAGCCUCCCGAGUCGCCCGACGGCGAUUCUAGCGAGGACGACCUCAACGAUGAUGACGCCAACCUGCGUAGCGGUGUCGGGUAUAUCGGCCAUGACAAGCAGAAGCGACGCACUCGUUUGCGCCAGCAGCUGCGGCAUCGCUCUCGCGGCUCUUCCUCGGGGUACGCCGGGACCGUGCCGCGCGAGUUUCUGCGGUGCAUGCUUCGAGUGAACGCGCACGGGCUAACCGCCUUCGACUACGCUCAUACACCGGCGAUGCUGCAGCUUCUCGAGUGGUACGGCUGCGUGCCGCCCACGUAUCGGCCGAACCCGCACGCCUUCCGACGAGUUGUCUUUCUCAACCGCGGAGGGCAUGGUGACAUGAGGGAGGCGUACACUUUUUCGGACACCAUGGAUGAUUACGACAGCGACCAAGCGGCCGAUUGGCGGCAGUCUGCAAGUGUUAGGCCGUCGAUGAUGGUGCGUCGCAAGCGCGAGGUACUGCGUUUCCUCCCUGUGCCGCGCCUGGUCCUGGCGACCGACAACUUUGUGGCGCUGCUGGACCCCACCGGCACAGAGCUGGCGUCCACAGUCGGCUCCGUGGCGGCCACCCAAGCGCGCGCCGCUGCCUCGGGCACCGCGGAUGGAAGGCGCCGCAAUGGUGAGGAUGACGUGGACGAGAGUCUCGCCAAGGAUGAGGUCCUGGUGUCGACCCGCACGCAACCGCUGCAGCUGAGCGAUCACUGCAUCGACGCCAUGAUCAGCACGGAGCGGCGACAGCUUCAGGCAAGCGGGCGGCGCCACCACCAGGAGCGCGCCAGGGCGCUUCUGUUUGAGCAGGUCGCUGCACAGUCCCAAGUGCUUGUCGCGAGCAGAGGUGGAAAAGGCGGUGGAGCAGCCGAAUCGGUGAGAGAUGGCACGCUGCCGUACCUGACGCGAGCUGUGACGGCUCACCGGCGCCAGCAGUGGGAGUUGCAGCGGCACCCGCCUUGCAGCGAGGUGACGCUGUGGCACAACGCCCUUGAAGCGCAGCGACUGUCUGGGUCCGCCUUCACCGCGACAUCGUCUCGCAGACAACUGAAGCGGCGAGCCAAGGGCGGCGCUCGUGGCAGCGACGGUGUUGGCGCCGGCAUUCUUCCAAUCCUGCUCAGCGAGGAGGUGAGCUUACUGCACCUCGGUCUGUGUUCCUUCGAAGAUGAGCUUGUUCGCCUCUACGGCGAACUCCACACGGCGUCUGCAUCCGCAUCAGCAGCUGGCAACGAGGGCACCAGUGGCGCUGCACGCGCACAUUGCACAGGCAGCAAGGGAGUUGGGGCCAUCGGCGACGGCGACAACGCCGCCUCUGUCCUGAGCGCCUACAGCCGUCUGCUGCUGCCGCCGUCGGUCACUGACAAGCCCGCAACGCACCGGCAGCAAGACCGCGAGGAAGUAAAGCGGAGCUCCGGCAUGAUGUCCGGAGACGUCCCACCGGAGACUGACAAUCCAAAUAGCUCACCCGGGACGAAGGCGAGCCGCACUGGCCGCACCGUGCUGCCCCGUGUCUUGUUCCCAGGUGAGUCGAUUGGCGGCGCGUUGUCGCAGGCGCAGCAAGGCAGCCAGCUCUCCUCCGCCCCCGCCGCGAACGCCUUCGUGGCGACUUCGCAGGACAUCCGAUCGUGCGGUAGGGCACCGGCACUGCCGCCUCGGCUGUCGCAGAUGGAUGUGGUGUUCCUCCUCGAGUGUCAGCAAUUUGUGGUGUACCCGCUCUCGAUGCCCAGCACUGGCAACGCCGUGGAGGUGGUCAACGACGGCGGCGACGACACCUACGACGAGAGCAGCAAGCCACGCAGCAGCGCGAGAGGUGGCGGUGGGCUCAGCGUCAGCACUGGCAACGCCGGUCGCGCCGCCAGCAAUGAAGAAGGGAAUGUCGCGUCCCCUCGUCUAUCUCUUGGGAAGGGGGCGGUCAGUGUCAGCGAGUUGCCUGCCGUGAUCGAGCGGUGCACCGGCGGUAGCAUCGGCAGGGGCGAGCAACGUGUGAAAGGGGCUGGCAGGGGCGCGCCGCGUCAGCGCGCGCCGUCCCCCGCAACAACAACGCGUGACACCGCUGGUCUCUCUCCUGCUUCUCCACAUAGAUCAACCGCGCGUCGCGAGCAUGGGGGCAGGAUGCGUGAUGCGCCACCGAGCGAUUUGCCACUGCUGCGCUCUCUUCUGGCGCGCAAGGCCGCGGAUGAUCUGUCGUCGGAGCUGAUCGACGUCUCAGCGCACCGCCACGAAGCGGCGCUGCUAGUGUCCCUCACUCCAAUGCUACUCUCUGGCAUCAGCGGCGACGGCGCUGCUGGGGUUCGCGUUUCAGCGGCCGCGACAAUGAAGAACUUGGCGGUCAAGCUCAUGCAGACGCGCUGGAAACAGUUCGGCAGCCGGCCCAUCAUCUCAGGCACCAACACUGAUGCCGCGACCACUGCCACAGAGGCGGUGGCGCUACUGAACGUGCCCCCGUUCACUCUAACUGAUGAUCCGGCGCUGUGCCCGAGCCGGGCCCCGUUUUCAGCCGCACCAGCGGCAGAUGAGCGCGGGUCGGUAGCGUCGACGACAGCACUAGGCGCUGCCGCAGCACGUGUGCCAACCGUCAUAGCGGCGCAACUAGAAGAGUGGGUAGCGCGUCGCUGGCCCCUGCAAGGACAAGCACCGCCCUCCCCGAAGCCGCGCAGGGGGGCUGGCGGUCGAGCAGACACGGCAUCUUCGCGAUCGCCUCCCACAAAGCCGAUUACAGCCGGCGGGCAGGAGAACGAGGACGAGAACACACAGGACCGCAAAGGCGUUGAUGCAGACGGCUACGACGACGAGUCGGCGGCGCCAUCGGUGCUCGAUCGGAUAGAACCCGUCGGCGGAGUUGCCACAGCGGCCCAGCAAGUCCUCAUGCGUGCGCUCCUGAAGCGCUUUACCGCCGCCACAGGUGCCCAGCUGUCUGAGCAGAUGGGGCUCGUCAUCACCCCCAACUACGAUGUCGCGGAGGUCGGCGACACAGCGGCGGCGCUGCGAGACAUCGAAGCGAAGAUCGCCGCACCGGCGGCCCCGCGAAAGAAGCGGCGAUAA